GGAAAAGGUGUGGUGGUUUUGUCACAGUGUGAAAUUCCUUCUAGGACGUCAACGCUUCAUCUUUUCGCUUCAGUUGAAGACUUCUCUAAAUACACGAAAAUGUCUGUGUGGGAUGACUUGGAUCUGCUCUUAGACUCCCCCUCCUCACUGACCAUGACAUCCGGGUCAAGAGGAACUGUAAAGGACAAGCCAAACUUUAAAGUGGAUGAAGAUGUGUCUGCACUGAGGAAGGCCAUCGAGGGCCUCGGUACAACAGAAAAAACAGUGAUUGAGGUGUUGACCCAAAGAAGCAGUGCUCAGCGUCAGCUUAUCGCCAAAGCCUAUGAGAAGGCCACAGGACGGAAAUUAGUAGAUGACCUGGAGGGCGACACCCAUGGAGACUUUGAGGACUUGUUAGUUGCCUUGGUAACGCCCCCUGCUCUCUUUGACUGUAAUGAAGUAAUAAAAGCCAUCAAGGGCGGCGGCACCACAGAGUCCACGCUGAUAGAAAUCUUCUCCUCAAGGUCCAGCAGACAGAUCAAAGCUCUGUCUGAAGCUUACCAAGCAGAAACGGGAAAUUCUCUGGUUGAGGAUCUGAAGUCGGAGGUUUCUGGAGAGUUUGGAAAAGGACUGCUCAUACUGGCUGAGGGGAAGAGAGAUGAGAGCACCCAUGUGGAUGCUGCCAAAGCUAAAGCAGAUGCUAAGAUGCUGUACGAAGCAGGGGAGAAGAAGUGGGGAACGGAUGAGGAGAAGUUCAUUGACAUCCUGUGUCACAGGAGCAUCCCCCAGCUCCGACAGACUCUGGUUGAUUACAAGAGCAUCAGCAAGAAGACUUUGCAGGAGAGCAUUGAAGGCGAGAUGUCUGGAGACCUGGAGAUGCUGCUGGUGGCUGUCGUGAAAUGCGUGAAGAACGUUCCUGCAUACCUCGCGGAGGUGCUUUUCAAGAGCAUGAAGGGUGCAGGGACCACGGAGAGCAUCGUCACCAGGAUCAUCGUCAGUCGCUCAGAGGUCGAUUUGAUGGACAUCAGAGUCGAGUACAAGAAGCUGUUUGGAGUUUCCCUCUACUCCGAGUUGGAGUCUGAAGUGGGAGGCAGUUACGGAGACGCCCUCAAGCAUCUCUGUGGCCAAGAUGACUAACUCCUCCUGACUCCUGUGAUGAGAAACAUAUGGUUUACAGUGCAGCAUUACUCCAUUAGAAAAGGGAACAUGAAGUCACUGACCAUUUCAUUCCUCUGAUAUAUUUUCCUAACACUGAAGAUAACUUGAAUUGACCUAGAAAAGCUUUUUAAAAAGGUGGAAUUCCAGUAAUGUGCAACCAGACAUUGAUGUAACUUUAAAACUAUGCAGACAUCAAGACUUUAGAAGCUGUUGUUCAUGGAUGUGAAGAUGCUGUUGAAUAUCUGAAUGUGUAAAGUUGUCUGUAUUUCAUGAAACUAAUAUAACAGAUAUCUUCUAGUAUAUUAACAGUUGCACACAAAUAGAGAUUGUAAUAACUUUCACAUUUACCUAAAUAAAAAAAUAUAUUUUACUGUGG